GGGGGAUGGGUGGUGGUGGUGAUGGGAGUGGGGAUGUGAACGUUGAUCAUGUGGAGAGGAGGGGUCAUGCAUCGUCAGUGUCGAGAUUGCAUGGCUUGAAGCAAGAGAAGGAGGCUGUCGUUGCUGUUAAAGCGAACGGCAUGGAAACGCGGUCUGGACGCCCGACCAUGAGCUCGAGAUCCAUGACUACGCCUUCGCUCGUCCGGAGGAAGACGUCUACACAUAGGCAGGCGCACGAAGGAGAUGCGGAGAAGAGGGCAUCUAGACCUGUGCUUCCGCCGCUCAAUCUCGAGCAUAACAAUAAGGAUAAUGUCCCAGGUAUUACCAACAGCAACCUACGACCAUCCGUGAAUCCGGAAAAGGAGAGAGAUCCUUCACCAAUACCCACUGGAAUGCCCCUACCCCCAUUCUCAAUACCGACGUUUCUCUCGCUCGAACUUUCUGGCAACAGACCGUCACCUUUGUACAUAUAUCGUCCUUCGAGUUCCGACUUCCCCUAUGAAUCGUCCAAGAUCAAGUACGAAAGACUGGUCAAUUUUCUGUUCUUGCCUCCUAAACUCGAGGGCAUCCUUGGUUUUGGAGCACUGGCUUGUCUCGAUGCAUGGAUGCAUGUUCUCACCAUCUUGCCGCUGCGUUUCCUGCUCGCAGUCUGGAUCCUGUCGAAGUGGUGGGGCUCGGUGAUCAUCAAAGAGAUUCGCGAUCUGUGGAACUUCGUUUACAGUGGGCUGGGCCGCGUAUGGAGGAGGCGGAAUAUGAGUUCAGAAAGCCAGACUCCGACCCCAAACCUCGCGACACCGGCCGAUGAGGUGCCUCCUACACGCUCACGUAGACCGUCAGUGUCGGCCACACUGAGUCCGACCCAGGCGACUAAUGCUGGUUCCAAAGAGAACGGGAUGACACCGCAGAGCAUUGCAUUCCCAGAGCUCAGAGAGAAGCGGAAGCGCCUCUCACGGUACCGACAUCGACGGACGAAAUCGACGCCUUCUGCCUUGCUCCCGAGCCACAAGGCGGAUAUUCUAAAAGGCCUCCUUGUCAUCACUAGCUGCGCUGUUCUUAUGCGGUUCGAUGCCAGUAAAAUGUAUCACAGCAUCCGUGGACAGGCGGCUAUCAAACUCUAUGUCAUCUACAACACCCUUGAAGUGUGCGACCGCCUGCUCGCUGCGGUCGGUCAAGAUGUUCUGGAAUGUCUCUUAUCACGCGAGACUCUCGAUCGCAAUGCUGAUGGGCGAAGUAAGGUCAUCCGCCCAUUCUGGAUGUUCGUGCUGGCUCUUCUCUACACGGUUGCCCAUGCCACUGCUCUUUUCUACCAAGUCAUCACGCUCAACGUGGCUGUCAAUUCGUACUCGAACGCUUUGCUUACUCUCCUCAUGUCGAAUCAAUUCGUCGAGAUUAAGGGUACAGUGUUCAAGAAGUUUGAGAAAGAGAAUCUGUUCCAGGUCACCUGUGCGGAUAUCGUUGAACGGUUUCAGCUCUGGAUGAUGCUUCUCAUCAUCGCCAUGCGCAACAUUGUCGAGGUCGGCGGCCUCAGCAUUCAGACCAGCAGCGAGCCUUCAUUCUGGCGGACAGCCUUCGGGGGUAGUAGCAGGAACGCGACGGCACCCUUCACUGCCUCGAGUAUGAUUCCGCGCAGUUUCACGAUAUUCCCCACAUGGAUCGGACAGGUGCUGAACCCCUUCCUGCUGGUGCUCGGCAGCGAGAUGCUCGUCGAUUGGCUGAAGCACGCCUACAUCACCAAAUUCAAUCAGACCAAGCCAGAAGUGUACAGCAAGUUCCUCGACGUCCUAGCAAAGGACUACUACUCCAAUGCAUUCACCGACCCAAACCUCACCCGCCGCCUCGGGCUCCCCGUCCUACCCCUCGCCUGCCUCUUCAUCCGCGCCGCCAUCCAGACCUACCACAUGUUCAUCGCAACGCACAUGCCGCUCCCGUUCCCAUCCACCGCAACAUCCCUAACCUCCUCCUCUGAACCCACGACCUCCUCCCCAGCCACGACUGCCGCCCUCGCCCACAUCGACCAAAUCUUCCGCCGCGCGCUCGGCCGCUCAAGCUUCGGCGCCGGUGUAUCCACCUCCCAAUCCGCCUGGACAUCCUGGCUUACCAGCUGGACGCUCGACGACUUCAUCGCCUUCGCAACCAUGGCCAUGGUCUUCCUCGUCCUGUACCUUGUGCUCCUCGCCUUCAAAAUCCUCCUCGGCAUGUUCCUCCUGCGCGUCGCGCGCGACCGCUACCACACGAUGCACACCCGCGAGAAGCUCAACGUCGAGACGGGCGGGAAGCGCAUAGGCGGGUGGGGUGUCGUCGACGUCUCUGAGGACCAGCGCAGGUGGAUAUACAACGACGACCCUGAGGGGUUGAGGGCUAUGCGGGAACGGGACGAGAGGCAGAGGAAGAAGGACGAGAAGGAGAGGGAGGGGGGAGCUGGGUUUGGGCAUGUUAGUCGGUAUGCUAUGGUUGCUAAGAGGAUUUGGUGAGGGAGUGGGGUUCUGUAUGUUGUUGCUCCCUACUGUAUGUGUCAUCUUAUGGUGUGGAAUGAAUGAAAGAAGUGUUGUUCCAGAUCAUGUGGUAUCGACAAAAAAAUCUUAGAGUUAGAUUUAUCACAGGACAAUGGAGAGAGGUUUUCACUGUUCAAGACACAAACAUAUUGAUACAAGCUUCCAAUUCGUACAU